GAUGACGUCUCGUCCUGUGUACGAGGCGUUUGGCAAGGAUGCCAGCAAUCUCUCGUUCCCUAGCGUCGACCUGACCGGCAACCUCAUCAUCAAGGCGCAACUCGAGCACGACAUUCGUCGCAUUCUCAUUCACAAUGAAGACAUCACGUACGACGAGCUUAUCAUCAUGAUGCAGCGCAUCUUUCAGGGCCGUCUUAGCUCGAGAGACGAGGUGACGCUAAAGUAUAGAGACGAAGAUCGAGAUUUGGUGACGAUAGCGGAUAAUGCCGAUUUGACGCUUGCCAAACAGUCGAGCAAGAUCUUGCGGAUUGUGUUGCUGGUGAAUGGCGAGCAGUGGCCAUCAGAAAUUCACGUUGAUCCCGAUUCACUUUCAUCUGUGAGAGAAGAACUAAUCAAGAUUCGAGACCAAGUGAAUCACAUGCUGGACAAACUCAGUCUUAUCGAGAAUCAGAAGAAACAAGACAGACAAGCAACACCUCAAGCCGCAGGUGUGCAAGAACUAAAGCCAAUAGAAAAGCCAACUGCUAUUACGUCUGGAGUAGAUGCAGCAAUGUUUGAUCCUUUCAAGCCACAGACGAUUGAACAGACAGUGAAAGACAUGCCAAUGACAUCUGUGACUCAACCCACCGCUCCGUCAAUGGCUCCAAGUGCAACCAUCAUGGACUCAUUUGAUAUACAUCCAAUGGGUGCAGCUAGUGGCGCUUUCCCUGGCAGCAGUGGCACCACACAAGACACUAGUCAUCCAAUAAAUGUGCCUCCUGAACCACAACAAGCAUUACAGCCAACACAUCAGCAAGCACCACGUGCUGCCUCUUCAGUCAUGCAACAACAGCAGCAACAGCCGCCGAUCCCCCAACAAGCACCAGAGAACUAUCGUGCGCCGGCUCCUUCUAAUACAAUAUCAUACGGAGCGGAGGGUGCAUCGGCUCAACCGUACCCUUCAUCGUCCGCACAAUACAUGCAAUAUCCCCAACAACAAACACAACAGACGUCUGCUCCACAAGCGUCCUCCUACAGGUACCAACAACGACCCGGAUUGGCAUAUCAACCGACGGCAGCAUCGACGUAUGGGAUGACGCCGAGUGGGCCGUACACAUCUCAGCCACAACACACAGGACAAGCACCAUCACAAGUGCAGGGAUAUAAUCCAUACUCGCGGGCUGCCGGGCAACAACAGCCGGGAUACGGAUACUACAACACGCAGCCAUAUUAGCAGACAUGAAUAGAAAUCGUGUAUGUAUGAUAUAUGAUUUGCUUGAUGCUGAUGAUGCGGUUGGAAUGAAUACAUACACAAAUAAGUUUGUCUCGAU